AUGCACACGCUGCCUGUGGUGGAUGACGUGCUCGCCCAGAUAUUCUCUCACCUGGAUCCCAGUCGGUCCACGUCCCCUAAAAAAGAUGAGCUGCUUCGAGCAACCUUGGCUUCGUCUGCCAGGAGCUCCAAGGGACUCACCGUACACGCAAUCAAGUUCUUGUGGAGAAGGCUACCCAGCGAGCGCCCGUUAACAAAUCUCCUUUCCACUCUCGGGCUUGUGCAAUGUGAGCCGGAUGAAUGUGAGCUGCUGAUACUGCUACAGACACUCCGAAUUCGCUACACCCGCUUCUCCUCAGAAGUGCUGAAAUCUUGCCUUCCUCAUGUGCGUCGCUUGGAGAUCGCUGGGGCCAAAAUGCAGAAAGAGUUCGACGCAUUCGCGAACCUCCCUGCUCUCCAACACCUCUCUUUGUCACUCGAUGGACCCUGGGGUCGUCCCCUCGUGUUUCCGACCUUGCAGAGUCUCGCGGUGAAGGGAGAUUCCGUGAGCAUUCCUACCUUGCUCAAGCACGCGAUCAUGCCGCAACUGCGCUCCAUCUCCCUUUCUGCGUUAUGGAUAACGCUGGAUCUGCCUUUCGCCAAUGAAAUAGCACGCCAACACACCGGCCCGCUAGCGUCUAACUGCCCUGCGUUGACGAGCGUGUCCAUGCACUUCCGGCCCAUGGGCUUUCGCGUCGGGCAUGACCCCAUCCCCAUUUAUUUCCCUAUCUCGGGCGAAGCCCUCACAGAGAUCAUCGAGCCUCUCCUGACGCUCCGCGACCUUUGCAGCCUCUCCUUGAUCAUGGAAAAGAUCGACCUGGACCACUCCUCGUCGCUCUUUCUCGACAUGGCACGGUCUUGGCCGUAUCUCGAGGAGCUCCACAUCGAGCUGAAUGAGGUGAAGGUGGCGCGGGCGGACGUCUAUUCCAUCGACCAUUUCGCUGAUCACUGUCCACGUCUUCGCAGACUUCGUAUGCCUGCCUUGGACGUUACCCCGGAGGGCCUUGCGAGGCUUGAGGAUUUCGCCGCCCCGGAGCAGCAUGCCUUGCAGUAUUUUGCGGUGCCAACGAUUAUGGGGUAUGGUAGCUAUACGCACGCGCCGCGCAACUUCUCGUCAGCCGUGGGUACUUGCGUCGUCUAUCUUGAGACCUCGUCGGCGGAACCGACUGCUAGUAACUUGAACAAGCUUUCAAGCUCCCCAUCACAUAGAUCAUCUACCCUCUCGUGCCAGUUCGGCGCUCAGCCUUGGUAUGCCAUGGACGACAUCAUAUACCAAGUAUUUGAACAGCUGCAUCGCCUGAGCGUACAGCAGGAUGUAAGAGCACAUCCUCAGUGGGAACGCUUUUCUCAGCAUGCCUCCUACGUUCGCAAGAUCAACUUAGACCCCUUCCAAUCACUAGCACGGUCAGCGAUAUGGAAAGACAUAGCGUCCUUGAUAGGCGGCAUCCACGUACUACCUCAACUCCACACGGUCUACGUGGGUGAACAAGUCUUCCCCCGGCGUAGUCGCGCUCUCUCUUCUGCCAAUCUUGGAUGUCUCUCUCUUAUCCAUCCAUCUGUACGAGAGAUUCAACUGCGGUACUCUCAAUGGGAUCACGCAGACACACGGAAGCGCGUGAUGGCUCAAAUUGUCACCGCAGCUCCCAACUUGGAAUGCUUCCACAGUCGGUACUCUCCGGCGGGCCUCGGCCACCCCGGACUUCUGACCUACUUUCCGCACCUGCGCGACAUCACGAUUGACACCAAAAUCCACUCUGGCGACUUGCAGGAUCUUGCCAGACUUCCUGUUCUGCGGGAUUUAUGUAUUGUUGUAACCUCACUUUGUAGCUGCGGCAUCGUCUCCCCUUCCCUAACUCAUCGCUGCGUGGAACGCCCCUGGAAAUCCAACGGCGGACCCUUUGAAAGCGCACUUGCUCCGCAGCUGCGAUCGCUCUCCAUACACACACUACUGGAGAAUACCCUGCUUGUGGCAGACGCGUCCCGACUCCUACACCGCAUAUCCGCAGCUCAUACAAUGCUUGAGAAGCUAUCCCUCUACGUCCACCUGUCCUGGGCCAGUGACCCUGCGCCAAGCCCGAACGCACCGGUCGGCGCGGCGCGGCUGGCGGCCAUCGCUGAGCCUCUGCUCUCCCUACGCGCACUUCGCAGUGUGUCGCUGCGUUUUGAGGGCUAUGACCUCGAAUACGCGUCGCAGGAUGUGCAGGCCUUCUCUGCAGCCUGGCCUCGUCUUGAGGAGCUCAAUCUGGACUUCCGCGUCGUUCAAGGGCCCCGCGCGGGGAUGGAUGCACUCGCGCACUUCGCGCGCAACUGUCCUCGUCUGCGCGGUCUGCGUCUACCAGGGGUGGACGUAGUGGAGAAUACGCUCGCGGCAGCGGAUGCUAUGAGGAGAGAUUCUGCGGAGAUGUGGGCAUACAUUGCACGGCAGUUCCCGAGGGCCGUUGAACGCUCUAAGAUCGACACGGGAAACGAUGGUGACGGGUUGUCCGGUUUUGGGCCCGCUUUAUAA